AGUGCGGGCAUCAUUUCUGUCGGGAAUGUGUCGAGAGCCACCUCUCGGACAUGACGGAGGACGUUCAGCAGGAUCUUGAUUGCCGUGUAUGCAAGAAGCUCAUUACGAACAUCAAGGCGUCUCGCAAAUCCAAACCAGAGGACCAAAAGAGCACCCCGAUGAAAAAGAAGGCGAUUCGCGGUGCAUGGCGACGUGCUUCUGAUCGCAAAGGUCGGGAAAUGGGUGAUGAUGUGAAUGGGAUUCAGCCAGUCGGCCCAUCAAAGGUCGAGUCUCUUUUUCUAGACGAAAGUGUAAAAUCCGGUCUCGACAAGAUUCAAGCACAGGACGACUUCACUGAAAAGGAGGAGAACAAAGUAUUUGUAUGUGAUCUUGUUGCUUUUACCAUUCUCCCCGGCAAAUGUUUCACAUUACUCGAAGCUACACCCUUCGCGUGAUAGGACUCUGGCAAAUAUAUCUAGGUUGCCUCGAUUCAAUGCAGCGGCCAAGCAUUGAAUCUUGCCUGUGGAAACCGAGUAUUCAUUUUGGAUCUUUGGUGGAACUACGCCAUCAAGCAACAGGCCUUUGGAUGCGUGCAUUGCAUAGGCCAGCAGAAACAGACCCGGCGAGCCCGUAUCAUGGUGAGGAAGACCAUUGAUGAGCGAAUGGCAAAACUACAGCACACCGAACUCGUCACGAUUGAUGCCGCCAUCAAAGAACAUAACCUUUCCAAGAUGGCGCUUACGCCGGGCGAAAUUGCUGGCUUGCUCGGUGGGGUUGUUCUAGAUGAACACGGCAAGAUUCAGAACAUUGUUCCUGAUUAUGACGAGGAAGACAGCGACGAGCAAGGAAAUCGCGAUGUGGCAUGUCAGGCCCACCGAUGACGAGAGGCUGGCUCCUAGCAAACUCUACACAAAACAUUCGUUCUGUUCUUUGCAAGUCCUUCUCUUCCUUUUCCGCAAUAUCCAAAUCCUCAUCAACACUCGCUUUUCGGGCUUCUCAUCUUGCUUGUUGUAUUAUUUUAACAUAAUGGCAGCAUCGCACACAGAUGCUGGCCGUUCUCUCGCUCAAGGAGACAGCACAACCACGCUCGCUCCAUCAGUUCCACCCACCGCCAUAAGCUCAGCCCAAAAGCUUAACCAACUGUUUGACAGCCCAAAAGAACCCAAGCAAAUCACUGGUAGCAUUGAGAAAACAACAGCCACUGCCGCCGCAGCCGCCGUUGAAGAUAGAGCCCCGGACGGUGGAUAUGGCUGGGUCUGCACCUUCUGCAGCUUCAUGAUCCACGCCAACACAUGGGGAGUAGGAUCACCAUGGGGAAUAUUUCUCGAUCGCUACAUAUCCCAAGGUACUUUUGCACGAGUGGGGAGGUUUGAGUACGCCAUCAUCGGAGGCCUGGCUAUGGCUAUGGCCCUCAUCGUUGCGCCACUGGCAAAUCGCUGCAAAAUAGCCCUGGGAACUCGAGGGACGAUUGUGCUAGGGUCCGUGAUUGCAUCCAUUGGAGUUCAUACUUCAUCAACUGCAUCCAAGGUUUGGCAUUUGGUACUAUCGUAUGGAGUUUGUUAUGGGUUGGGGAUGGGGAUAGUGUACAUUCCUACCCUCUCCGUUGUCGGCCCCUGGUUUUCCACCCACCGGAGUCUAGCCAUUGGCAUUGCGACAGCCGGAUCAGGCUUUGGCGGGCUGGGGUACAGCCUUCUCGCCGGCAAGCUCAUUGCCAUGUACGGAAUUCCUUGGACCUGGCGCAUUAUGUCCUAUAUGAUGUUCUUCUGCAACUUCUUCUGUGGCUUGCUUGUCAGAGAGAGCCCGGUAACAAAGUCACCUGUCAACAACCCUGUUGCGGCGAAGUCCUCAUCCUUCGGCUUCCACAUCUUCACCCGCCCGCAAGUGAUUCUCAUCCUCAUCUGGGGCUUCAUGGUGGAACUCGGCUAUGUGUCGCUGUUCUUCUCGCUUCCAAGCCACGCCACCUCCCUCGGCCUCGAUCUCAAUCAAGGCUCCAUUGUCCAAGCCGUGCUGAGCCUCGGUAUUGGAAUUGGCCGCCCCUGCGUGGGCUGGGUAAGCGACAGGCAAGGCCGGAUCAACACGGCACUGUUGAUGACGCUCUUUUGCGGUUUAAUCUCUCUUACUUUGUGGAUCUAUGCCCGAUCGUAUCCCCCGCUGUUGGUAUUUGCAUUCCUUGCUGGCAUCUCAUCGGGUACGUUUUGGAGCACUGCCAACCCCAUCGUCACAGAAGUGGUGGGAUUGAGGCAGUCCUCGGCCACGUAUUCAGCAGUGUGCUUGGUGAUGGCGCUGCCUGCUACUUUUGGGGAAGCUAUCGCUCUGCAGUUCGUGGAUGAGAGCAGGACAGAUGACGCCAAGUUUUUGCCCUCGCAGGUGUAUGUUGGGUGCACGUACUUUGUCGGGGCGGUGGCGUUGUUGAUGUUGAGGGCGUGGAGGGUGUGGCAAUUGCAGAGAAACUUGGCGGUCGUGGAAGAUGCCGAAGUAGCUGGGGUUGUGCCUGAGGAGAAGAGGGUGUAUGGGUGGAUGAUGCCGAGGAUGUGGAUUAAGGUUGUGAAGGUAUGAUGUGACGAAGAGAAUGAAUCACGAGGGUUUAUGAAGGGUGUUAAUGGUUAUGGCAAUAUGGAUACUGAAGUACUAAUAAGGCGUUGUAGGAUCGGUGUGAAGGUAAACAAAAGUUUCUAUCGAUAGCAGUAACGUUUAUUCCUUUUGGA